UAAAGAGGUCUGAGGCACAGGGCUGGCAGGGAGCCGUGUUGGGUACUUCGCAGCCCCACGGCCAUGAGGAGAAGUGCCUUUGCCCUGGUCCUCGCCCUGGCUCUGGCAUCGUGUGUUACCCCUGCGGAGAGGAAGUGCCAUCUCAGCGGGCUGUGGAGGAAUGAGCAGGACUCGCUGAUGGAGAUUUCGGCAGUGAGGGAUGACGGGGACUUCCAGGGGAAAUACCUCACACGGGUCACCCUUGCCGGCAUCUGUGCCCGUGUCUCCCCCCUGAAGGGCGCCCAGCAACAGCCUGACGAGGGGCGCUGGCCCACCUUCGCCUUCACUGUGCGCUGGGACAAGUUCUCCAAUGCCACCACCGCCUUCACGGGGCAGUGCUUCGUGGACACGGGUGGAAAGGAGACGCUGACCACCAUGUGGCUGCUGCGUGAAGCCGUCGGGUCCCUCGAGGAGGACUGGAAAGCCACAAGGGUGGGCAGAAAUGUCUUCACACGCAAACGCACCCCGAAAGGAAAGACCCUGCCAAUCUGGUCCCCAUCCUGUGAGGAUGCAUCUUCACCCACCCCAUGAUGGCAUGCUCCAGCUGUAGUCUGGCCACCCCAAGGCAAGAAAAACUAGCCUCUCACAUGAAAAUAAAAUGUAAAAAUCA